UUCCCAUUUUCUUUCAUUUGGGUUGGAGAAGUUGGGGGUUGGGGGGUUGGGCGAGGAGGAGGAAGAGGAGUACAAGAAAGAAAGAAAGAUUAGUAGUAGAUGGCCGCUUAUUCCCUCGUCUUCGUCUUCGUCGGCGUCGCCGUCUUCGUCCUCGCGCCACCAGCCUCCGCCGUGCCCUUCAUCGUCCUGCACGGGAUCGGAGACCAGUGCGCCAACCAUGGUGUCGCCAAGUUCACCCGCCUUCUCGCCGACUGGUCCGCCUCCCAUGGCUACUGCCUUGAAAUCGGAAGUGGAACAUGGGACUCUUGGUUAAUGCCUCUUCAGAAACAGGCUGAUAUUGUUUGCAGUAAGGUAAAAGAAAUGAAGGAACUCUCCAAUGGUUACAAUAUAGUUGGUCUUUCACAGGGGAACCUGAUUGGUCGAGCAGUUGUUGAGUUUUGUGAUGAUGGGCCACCGGUCAAGAAUUUCAUUUCACUCGGUGGCCCUCAUGCUGGUACUGCUUCAGUGCCACUUUGUGGUUCUGGUAUUUUUUGCAUUCUUGCUGAUUCCCUGAUUAAAAUGGAGAUCUACUCAGACUAUGUCCAGGCACAUCUUGCACCUAGUGGUUACAUGAAAAUCCCAACUGAUAUUUCAGAUUAUUUAAAGGGUUGUAGAUUUCUUCCAAAGCUUAACAAUGAGUUACCAGGUGAAAGAAAUGCCACCUACAAGGAAAGGUUUAGCAGCUUAGAGAAUUUGGUAUUAAUCAUGUUUCAGGAUGACGCUGUCUUGAUACCUCGGGAAACAGCAUGGUUUGGUUACUAUCCAGAUGGAGGUUUCGAUCCUGUCCUGCCCCCUCAGAAGACAAAGCUGUACAUGGAGGACUGGAUUGGUCUCAAGACGCUGGAUGAUGAGGGGAGAGUGAAAUUCGUGUCCGUGCCAGGGGGGCACCUGGGUAUUUCCAAGACUGACAUGAUGAAGUACAUCGUGCCCUACUUGAAGGGAAAGGACAAUGGAAAGGCUUGGAUUGCUGCGACUUGGCGUGCCAUCACCAACACCAUCGGUGGGGAAGCGUUUGUGCUCAACUAGCUACUAGUACUAGUAUCAUGUUGCAGCCUCUUUCUUGGCUCUGAUGAUGAUUGUAAAAAGAUACAGGUGUACAGUGCAGGAUACGCGUUUCAUUCCCUGUGCAAGUAUAUGUAUUCCUCAUCAUGUAUACAUUCACCAAACUAGGAGUUCAAGUAACAAGUACUCCUAUAUAUGAAGACAAAAUUGAGCUGAUCUUA